GUAUGCUAGUAACUAGUUUCGCAGCCUCUCUCACCCAUUGAAAAUAGAAUGCAGUGCCUAACUUUCUGGAAGGAUCUCGGUCGAACAAAAAAGCUCGUCAAAUUCUGUAAAGCCCUCGAAAUUAGACGCUGUAAAGACGAAUUCGAAAAGCACGCGACUUGCGCGAAACAUAAUGUCGGUCACGCUGCACACGAAUCUCGGUGACAUCAAGUGUGAGAUUUUCUGCGACGAGGUCCCCAAGGCCGCCGAGAAUUUUCUGGCUCUAUGUUCAAGCGGUUAUUACGAUGGGACCAUAUUUCACCGAAAUAUUAAAGGUUUUAUGAUUCAAGGUGGAGACCCAACAGGUACAGGCAAGGGGGGAACCAGUAUAUGGGGGAAGAAGUUCAGCGACGAGAUAAGAGAAUCUCUCAAGCACAACGCAAGGGGGAUACUUUCAAUGGCCAAUAGUGGCCCCAAUACUAAUGGAAGCCAGUUCUUCUUAACAUAUGCGAAGCAGCCUCAUCUGAAUGGGGUGUACACUGUCUUUGGUAAAGUGAUUCAUGGGUUUGAAGUCCUUGAUCUAAUGGAAAAGACUCAAACGGGUCCGGGAGAUCGGCCACUAGCAGAGAUCAGACUCAAUCGCGUCACAAUACAUGCUAACCCACUUGCUGGCUAGCCUUGGCUUGAAACAUUUCUGGCUUUUCUGCAUCAUGGGAAGGUACUCAGCAUGUUACAACAAUUUUUGGAUUAGCUGCAGCAGUCAACUUGAGCUAACAGAAUGGCAGAGAAAUUUCUGUUAUUAUUUAAGAAUUAUAUUGCACUUUUAUUAAUAUAAAUGUCCAGCAGCAUUUGAAUUA